CUUCCUCCUACGGUUUCUCCUCCCAUUAAAAGAAUAAUUCGUUUUGAGUGGCCUGCGUGGCAUGCAACAGUAAAAGAGGAGCGAGACAGAGAGUAGAGAGAGAGAACUUUAGAGCUGUCGAAGGCGGAGUUGCACAACACGGAAUAAUGUAACUCUGUUUACACCUUCCUUAUUCCAAAACGUCAGCGUGAAGAGAAAAUACUCUGCAAAAUCAGGGGUGAAGGGGCCUGGUACUGUAUGCCAAGCCCACCAUGGAGGCACAGAACAGCCAUCACCAGUACAACCUAGACAACCAGAACAAGAACCUCUACAAGAUGCCUGGACAAGAUCAGAGCCACCAGUACUGCUGCACGCUGGCCAACUUCCGCAUCGAGAAGAAGAUUGGCCGGGGCCAGUUCAGCGAGGUCUACAAAGCCACCUACCUUCUGGAGGGCCAGCAUGUGGCUCUGAAGAAAGUACAGAUAUUUGAAAUGAUGGACGCCAAGGCUCGCCAGGACUGCAUCAAGGAGAUUGACCUGCUGAAGCAUUUGAACCACCCCAACGUGAUCAAGUACCUGGACUCCUUCAUCGAGGACAACGAACUCAACAUCUUGCUGGAGCUGGCGGACGCCGGUGACCUCUCUCAGAUGAUCAAGCACUUUAAGAAGAAGAGGCGGCUCAUCCCGGAGAGGACAAUAUGGAAAUAUUUUGUCCAGCUAUGCAGUGCCCUGGAGCACAUGCACUCCCGUAGAGUCAUGCACCGCGACAUCAAGCCAGCCAACGUGUUCAUCACCGCUACAGGCGAGGUGAAGCUGGGAGACCUGGGACUGGGACGCUUCUUCAGCUCCAAGACCACCGCCGCACACUCCCUAGUGGGGACACCGUACUACAUGUCUCCAGAGAGGAUCCACGAGGGCGGCUAUAACUUCAAGUCAGACAUCUGGUCCCUGGGAUGCCUUCUCUAUGAGAUGGCUGCGUUGCAGAGUCCAUUCUAUGGGGACAAGAUGAACCUCCUCUCUCUGUGCCAAAAGAUUGAGCAGUGUGACUACCCUCCACUCCCACCUGACCACUACUCUGAGAAGUUGCGAGACCUGGUCAGCAUGUGCAUCAAGCCCGACCCGGACCAGCGCCCUGACAUCGUGUUUGUUCUGCAGAUCGCCAAACAGAUGCAGCUGUGGACCUCCAGCACUUGAGUCCCCCCCCGCCUCCCCUCCACUCCCAUCCCCUCCACUUACCUCCUCAGUCCUCCGUGUGGACCCCCAUCCUGACUGAACCUCAGACCACCAGACCCACUGCCAACCUUGGUCUCACUAGGACCAGGUUGUUUAGCUCACGUCUCAGAAAUCGAGGAACUGAUGAGACGAUCGAGAGACUUUGGCAUGACUGGACUGAAUUUUUUUCUUUAUCUUCAAAUGAGGACUUAGACCUAAUGCCGCAUUCACGUCACAUCGGAAACUCGGGACCUCCAAAUUAAUUGUGUAGAGCUUCCCAUUGGUUGAUUCUGAUCCCCCCAAGUGGGAAAUUCGGGAUCUGCCAAAUUUCAGAAUUUCCAACAUGACGUGAACGCGGUUUAAGUCCUUGUUUUUGUCCUCAAUGACCUGGGGAGUCGCUUCGGCGGUGGUCAUUGGAAAUUGCGUUUUUAGACUGUUGCGGUGAUUCCGGCAGAAGAAGGUGACCGCAUCGUCUGGCCUCUUCGCUAACAGGAGAGAGCCCUGUCUCACAAUGUCACAGAAGGUGACCGCAUCGUCUGGCCUCUUCGCUAACAGGAGAGCCCUGUCUCACAAUGUCACAGAAGGUUCUCGCAUCAGCUAGGGUUGCAUUCCAAAUAGAUCCUCGGUCUCUUUCAGGUAAACCGUGUGAAUUGAAGGCCUAAAUAGAGAGCUCUUUAUUUUUCUGCUUUGUUUUAGUACACACGUUUAACCUUGCGUUUAGAAAUCAUGCUUCUUUUUAUGUUGCUUUAAAUAACUCGGAUCUGUAUUUUGCAUUCAUUGUGUAGUGACUUUUGUGAUCCUAAGGCGGCAUUCAGUUAAGCGGACUUUGUUUCAUAAUUAACCAUAAGAUAAUACAUGCAAAACAUUUGAGUCAGCGUUAGGUCCUCCCAGGUCACACCUCUAGUGAGUUCUCUGCAACAUGAGAAGAUGCUUGCUACAACAACCAAGCAACGCUGGUUUGAAAUGGACUUCAGGACUUGAUAACAUGUCUCCCUUUUCAAGGACCUCAAAUGGCAUAACAUACAUUUUUUACAGUGCCGAUUAGCCAUAUAUUCAAUAUAGAAUGUUGUCAAGGCUUAUGGCCUGAGCUUUGUAAAACUUUAGAUUUUUCAUUGUUUCUUUUCGUUAUUUGCAGGAAACUGCUUGGGUGGGGGGGUGUUAUGCUGUUGCUUGACGCAAUGCCAUAUUGUAAUUGCGUUUAUAGAUCAUAAAAAAUGCACAGUUGACUGUCCACUGAUGACUUCGUUCAGAGAAGGGUUUUAAUUUAAGUCAAGAGAUUUACUGUGAAAAGAUUUACAUCAUGUAGAAACAGCGAGAAGAACCGUUACAAUAGUGCCGUAGAAUCAUUUAGAAAAUGUUUUUGCCUUGUCAGCACUAUGCGGCAGGUAAACAGACGCUAGAUAGAGGGUAAGUGAUUGAGUCAAAGUUUACUAGCUUAGAAGACUGCAAAAACCUCCGUUCUAAUAUGUGCUUGUAAAAUAUCUAGACUAUUCUUUGUAAUGAUUUUUCACUCAAAAGUAGUGUGUAGGCUAUUAUGGUUUCAUUUUGUAAUUGUACCUUCCUGUGGGGAUUUUACAUGAAUUUUGGUGAUUUUGUUGAAUCACGUUCAAGUGUUUCCCUUUUUGCAUUUUGUAGUAGAUAAAAGGUUUAUAAAAUAUAAAUUCUUACAUUUGA